AUGUUGCGUGAUAGACUAGUACUUGGUUCAAAUGACAAAGACAUUAAAACCAAGUUAAUCAAGAAAGGGGAUCCAUCCCUGAGUGACGUGGUAACAACCCUACGAGCAGCUGAACUUGCAGGUACCCAGGUCAGAGAGAUCAUAUCACAGUCAACAACCGAUGUCUCCACAGUUGACUCAGUUAAAACCUCGUACCAACCUGAGCAAGAAACCUGCAAGAAGUGUGGCUACAAACACAGGACCCCAGACUAUUGUCCAGCCAACAACAAAACAUGUGCCAAAUGUCAAGGCCGAAAUCAUUUUGCCAAGGUAUGCCGCUCGAAACAAUCGAAGUAUCAACCAGAAAGACCAUCAAAGAAACAACCAAAAAAAGUGGACGAGGCCUGCAUGAACUCUAGUGAUGAAGAUUCUGAAGAAUACUUUUGUGGUUCAGUCACCCAUGAAGCACCGCCCGAAGUCACCCGAUCACAAGCAUGGAUGCAAACAGCAACCCUAGAAGACAGGAUGCAAGUCAACUUCAAACUUGAUCCGGGAGCAGACAUCAACAUUCUUCCAGUGCCAUUGUACUCUCAACUGAAAGAACUCGCUCCGCUAACAUUGCGCUGGUCCCCGUCGCGGGUACAAAGCUGGAACGGCUCCCAGACCCAAGUGAAAGGAACAGUAAUCCUAAAGAUUAAAAUUGGCAACCGUGCCUCAGAAGAAAAAUUUUAUGUUGCAGGUAAUGAACAAUCAAUUCCAAUUCUGUCUAGGGACACCUGUACCAAAUUUCAACUAGUUAAGCGCUUAUCUGUAGAUGAAAUUAUUUCCAAUGAGUCAAAAGACCCACAAUCAAUCUUAAAUUCCCAACUGCUAAAAGAAAAGGAAGCUAUUAUUUCAGAAUUCAAAGAUAGAUUUCAGGGCGUAGGUAGAAUUAAUAAAGAAUACUCAAUCAAACUUAAGCCCAACUCACUCCCCUCCUCAUAUCCACCCCACAGAGUACCAUUAAAAGUGCGACCCAAACUAGAAGAAGAACUGAAUAGACUCCUGUCAUUCGGAAUAAUUAGUAAAGUAGACAACCCGAAUUCCUGGGUGAAUAGGCUGGUAACCGUAGAAAAACCCAAUGGAGAUCUGAGAAUAUGCUUCGACCCAAAAGACCUUAAUGAAGCAAUUGUUAAAGAAUAUUGUUUAAUACCCACUCUAGAUGACUUUUCGUGUAAACUUAAAAGUGCAAAAAUUUUUUGUGUUCUGGACCUCAAAGAUUCAUUCUGGCACAUCCCACUAGAUGAAGCCAGCUCAAAUUUAUGCACCUUCUCAACAAUGUUUGGAACGUACAAGUUUUUAAGGCUCCCUUUUGGAGUAAAUGUUGCCUCAGAAGUCUGUCAAAAAUGCAAUAAUGAGAUAUUCGGAGGGAUAGAAAACGUGUUAAUAUGUAUUGACGACAUACUGAUCUAUGACACCUCAAAGGAAAAGGCCAAACAAACCCUGUUGAAAAUCUUAAAAACAGCCCGAGAGCAUGACAUCAGAUUCAAUGUAAAAAAGUUCUAA